ACCCCUCAUAAUUUUAAAUGGCUUGCAUCACAACUCCUGUUACCUCUGUUGCUUGGAAAAUGGUUCACUCUCCUCCAACUGAAACACUCCAUCCCAAGCAUUAUUGUUGUGCAUCAUCUCUGCACACUCCAGGGCUAUCAAUAUUUCUAACAGCCGAUGACUAAAACUGCAUACAAUACUUCCAACUGAGGUGUUACCAAUGCUUUACAAAGUUAAACCAUUGCCUUCCAUAUUCUCAUUCAAUUCGCCUACUAAUGAGCCUAUCCCACACGCAAUUUUUUUUCGCUGACUUGCCAACAUCCAUCAUAGUCGCAGCAGGUCGUCGAAAUUUUUCAACAUGUCUACUGAACUUAGUCUGUUCGAAAGUCUACCAUCCGGCAGACGUUACAAGGCCUACACCCACACCUCCAGACUUAGGAACAGCUUCAUCCCCAGAGCUAUAGCUGCUCUGAACUGGUCCUGCUGAGUGCCUCCCCCACCCCAUGAACUGUCUCCCUCGGAUGGUCACGUCGACCCAGCACAGACCUAUUUGCGCUUUAUACUGUUAACUUCUUUUUAAUCUUGUUUCUUUGGGUGUCUACAUUUUUAGCUAAUUAAGUUAUUACAUCGGAUGGAAGUUGCAUUCCAAAUCUCCUACCUCUGCAAUGACAAUAAAAGAUUUUUUAUUAUUAUUAUGUUGAAUACAGCGGUGACCAGAACAAGGUACGACUCUGGGCAACUACUCGUAACCAUACAGGCUUCACCCUGUGACAUGUCGCCCGUGUGUCGCCUGUAUGGUCGUGAGUAGUCUCCUCAGUCGCCCAAAGAGUCAUAGCGUCUUUCUGGUCGCCGCUGAAUUUUCCACAUGUUGAAAGUUUUCGGCGACCUGCAACGACCUAUGACCGGUGCCAGCAGUCGUCGAAUAAUGAGCAACAUCCCAUAUACUACCUUAACAUUAUGCAACUGUGCUGCUACUUCUAAGGAACUGUGGCAUUGUUGACCAAUCUCACAGACUAAAACUAGUCUUUACCCUGUUAACAAUUCAUCUGUAACAGUGUUGCAACUGCAGAGUUGCUGCCUUACAGUGCCAGAUACCCAGGUUCGAUGCCAGGUUCGAUUCUGACUACAGGUGCUGUCUGUGGAGCUUGUACGUUCUCCCCGUGACGUGCGUGUGUUUUCUCAGAUCUUUGGUUUCCUCUCACACUCGACCUACAGGUUUAUAAGUUAAUUGGCUUGGUAUAAAUGUAAAAGUAUCCCAAGUGUGCUGGCUGGUGUGGGUUCGGUAGGCCGAAUAGCCUGUUUCCACAUGGUAUCUUUAAACUAAACUUGUCUGCUGCACCCACAUUUGGAUCAUUCAUGUAUAUAACAGCAUUGACCCUUGUGGAACACUAAUCAAAGGCAUCUAGUCGCAAAAACAACCCUUGACCACCACCCUCUCACCUAUUACCAAACUAAUUUUGGAUCCAAUUUACUAAGUUGCCCUGCAAUUGUGGGGCCCUAACCUUUUGGACCUUAUCAAAGUCCAAUCACUACUGUUACCUCUUCCUAGAAAUUCAGAAAGGAAGAUGUGCAGUGAGAGUCUUAGUUGAGAUUUUAGAUAGUUAUACUGCUUGGAAGUGGGCCCUUUAGCCCAUCUUGCCCACUCUGGCCAACAUGUCCCAGCUACACUAGUCCCAACUACCUGCAUUUAGCCCACAUCCCUCUAAACCUGUCCUAUCCACGGUGAUAAAUAAAAAAUGAUUGGCUUUAGUAGAUACAUUGCCUGAUUAUAGAUGAGAAGCAGCACAGUUUGCUGAGAAAAGCAAGCAGUCAGGGUAAUCUUUCGAACAUCUAAAUUUGGAGUGUCAGCUGAGGGUUGAAAGGUUGCAGAUUUUUGUUAAAGUAGUGAUCAACCCAAUUAAUUAAAAUUGAGCAAUGGGAAGAGUUCGAGAAACCAAGUACAAAAAUAGGCCAAAUGUGAAAUGAUCAGAGAACGCCAGCUGGUAAAAGGCAGUAUAUGAAAUAAUGGGUCAAUGAGAGAAAUAUAGUUGUGUUAUAUGUGGGCAUUUAAUGCAUUUGAUCAGAUAAGAUUGCUUCAAGAUCUAAAGGCCAUGGAAUAAUGUUGGCCAACAGAACAUCGAAACUGAACGGGCUUUUUUCAAGUGACGGGAGAUGUAUAAUGGUUUCCCUGGAGUCAAUGGGAAGAUUACCGAUUCUCUUAAUAAUUGAACAGAUUUUACGUAUACGAAGUGAAAGUGUAGUAAACUGAAGAUAAAUAGAUUGGUCUCUUUUUUUCUGUUGAUAGCUCAUAUAACUGAGCCAUUUUACUUGAUGUCAGUUACCAGAUCUUUUGAUGCAACCGAUCGUCUUUGGGGUUUGAGUCGCGCUUCGUGUCAUUUACAGAAAUACUGACCCACACUCUACUUUCAUUGCGACGAGGAAGUGUGCGUUCAGUUGCGCAGACCGGAAAUCCUCUGGCGCCAAAUCCUCCGAGCAAGUCGUGAAUGUCUAUGUUGUCCUUAAAGAAACUCUUCGAAGGAGCAUUUACAUCACUACAAGAAAACAGUCCUUAAACUUCUCGAAGCAACAUCUAUAAACACUGCAAGAAAAAUAAUUGUUUAAGACUUUGAGUUUUAAUAAUUUCAUCUAACCAGUGGCCAGUGUGAGGAAGAUGUUGGUAAUUCGAUUUUAAACGAAACUACAAGGACAGGAGCUGAUCGUAGUCUAGGUUACUUGGCGAGGGAGGAGACCGCUGGCAGAAGUAAUUGUAUCCAUAAAAAGUUGCAAGUACGCGUCACAAUGGGUUCAUCGCUGACAGCAGUGAGUUUUCUUAGCCAUGUUUAAAGGCAACACUGCAAACUCAAUUAUUUUAAACCGACGAUUAUACGAAAGGACUGUGGACUGUUAUCACAGAUUAAUCGCCGAUUAUUUUUAAUCAGCAUAUUCUUGCGAUUGUUUUUGUUUGAACAUUGGUGGUCAUUAACAACAAAAAUGCUCCCAAACUGGCAGUGAAGCUUCAGUCUGGGGAUAAGGAAAACCCAACCAGUUGAGCUGAGUUUGUAAAUAGAACCUCGGUAAUGCUAUGAACAUGAAUACAGUCGCUUCCAACCCUCCUCCUGCAAAAUUAACGAAGAAAAAAAACAAUUUAAACAACAAAUUGAAAGUAAAACCCAAAGAUGUCAAUAACGUUAAAAACAAUCGUAAUCGUAAGCAAAAGAGUAAUUCGCGAACAGAAGACCAGGAAGCAACUAAAGGAGGGUGGUGGCAAAAAAAUGUUAAUGAGACGCCAUUUCCUGGAAAAUAUUCCUCAAAACUUUAUACCCAAGAAGGACUUCUAAAUCCAGUGAAACGAACAUUUAAUUUUGAAAGGAAAGAGAAGAGCAGUUCCAGUACAUCAACAUCACAGUCAGGUGCACAGCUGACCAAUUCUGUUCCGAGCCCAUUACCCUUAACUGAGGUGCGGAGGAAUACGUCUCCUUUGAGAGUUCUUAGAAGCACUACCAGACAGAAAACCGUGCACCCUGUACCUCAAAAGGACAAUCUUUCCGUGCAAUCAUACAACUUAAGAUCUCCUAUAUUUGAAAAGCCAUCAGCCAAGGUUAGUAAAGGCGGUUUCUUUUCACCAACCAGUCAAGGUUCAUUUCGAUCGUCUGUCAAGCGUUUUCCAACCAUUUACUUUGUUCCUAAAGAAGGGCCGGCACCAGGACACUACGACGUGAAGGAUCAGACUCUGACUCAGAUCAUGAGUUCCCCCUUUCAAUCCAAAGUGCCUCGGUUUUUACCUAGCACCAGCAAAACGCCAGGACCAGGAACAUAUGAGACUGUCAGACAAAUGCCAAGCUGGACCAAAGCUUCUCCCCGUUACCUCUAUUACUAAUUAAACAUUUUAAAUCUACACAAUCUUGCAACAGAUUUCAUUCAAGUUCGCAAACAUAAAACUUUCCAAUACAACGUACCUCUUGAAUUCCUUAGCGUGAUCUGACAGGUUUAAGAGCCCGUCAGGAAGCCAUAGUGGAGACCAGGAUAUGGCCAACAGACUGAACAAUUUGGUUGCUAAACUGAACAAAAUAGUUUCUGUGAACUUACUUCAACUACCACAGUGAAGAUUAAGGAGGAAAAAUCACCAGAGUACUAAAGCAAAGAUGUUUUGCUGAAUCGUUAUAGCUGAUCCUGGUGCUCAUCAGAUUUGUUCAGAUUCUUUGAUAAUUUAUAAACGUGUCCAGAACCCUGUUGCCUUAGAUUUGACCUUGGACCAUGAAGAAAACGGCAUAGUGUACAGUCUGAAGAAGGGUCAUGAACGGAAACGUCACCCGUUCCUUCUAUCCAGAGAUGCUGCCUAUCCCGCUGAGUUACUCCAGCAAUUUGUGUCUACCAUGGUGUAACCAAAUGGGUAUGAAAGAGAUAAAAGAGGUAACUUUUAAUUACUUCUCAUCUAUGGAUAGGAUAGGUUUAGAGGGAUAUGGGAAAAGUGCGGACAGGUGGGACUAGUGUAGUUGGGGCAUGUUGGUUGGCGUGUUUUCAAGCUGUAUGACUCUACCACAGGAGAACGUCUGCUGUAGUUUAGUUUAGUUUAGAGAUACUGCGCGGUAACAGGCCCUUCAUCCCACCACGUCCAUGCCGUCCCAUGAUUUAACACUAUAAUACACAAACUAAUGACAAUUUACAAUCGUACCAAGCCCCUUAGCCUAGAAACGUGCACGCUUUUGCAGUGUGGGAGGAAACCAGAGCACCCGGAGAAAACCCACGCUGAUCACUGGGAGAACAUUCAAACUCCGUACAGACAAGCACCCAUAGUCAGGAUCGAAUCUCUAGUGCUAUAAGGCAGUAACUCUACUGCUGCGCCAACGUGCUGCCCAGAAGUUGAUUGGUCACAAGAACUGAAAGCUUUUGCUUUCAACAGCGACAACAGUGAAUGAUGAAAGUGUGUGUUGGCCACCAGUUUUGGGGUGGAUAGUGGUGAUAUGACAGGAAACAUUUACUUGAAGAUAAAUUACACAUCCCUUUGUGCAUGUACUUGUGUCUGGAGAGCAUUAUCUUACCUUUCUCCUAUGGACCUGAUGUGGCAGCUCUGCCUGUACUAAUUGGAGUUUUUGACCUAAGGGCCCCAACAUCAGCUAAAUGCAAACAUUCCCAAUUAAAUGACUUCUAUAUUUGCUUCUACCUCAUACCAUAGCAGGUUCAAGCAUCGGUCCAGUCAUGGGAAUGUAAGAUUUAGAAGUGAGAGGAUAAGGUAUGGCUGAUCUGACCUUGACCUGAACUCCAUCUUCCUACCUGAUACAACCCUUGUGUCCCCUGUCGUCCAAAAAUCUUCCACUUUGCCUUGAGUGCAUUUAAUGUUUCAGCUUCCGGAAAUCUCUGGGACAGAGAAGCCCACAGAUUAACAAAAAAAGAUAAAAUCCCAUUUACUACACCUUAAAUAAAUGACUCCUUUAUAUGAAGCUAUGUCCUGUAAGUUUAACACAAAAUGCUGGAGCACCUCAGUGGUUCAGGCAGCAAGCCUGAAGGGCAUAGAUAGAGAACAUUUCAAGUUGUGACCCUGCAGUUCCUUCAGACUCUAAAGCUUUGAAGAAGGGUUCCGACAUGAAACAUCACCUUUCCAUGUUAUUCCGGAGAUGCUGCCCGACCCACUGAGCUAUUUGAAGACUUUGUGUCCAUUUAGUUUGGUUUAGAGAUACAGCGCGGAAACAGGCCUUUCGGCCCACCGAGUCCACGCCGACAGCGAUCCCUGCACAUUAACACUAUCCUAAACACACUAGGAACAAUUUUUACAUUUAUACCAAGCCAAUUAACCUACAAACCUGUACGCCUUUGGAGUGUGGGAGGAAACCAACGUUCUCGGAGAAAACCCACGCAGGUCACGGGGAGAGCGUACAAACUCGAUACAAACAGCCCCAUAGCCAGGAUUGAACCCAGGUCUCUGGCUCUGUGCGUUGUAAGGUAGCAAAUAGAAACAUAGAAAAUUGGUGCAGGAGUAGGGCCAUUCGGCCCUUCGAGCCUGCACCGCCAUUCAAUGUGAUCAUGGCUGAUCAUCCAGCUCAGUAUCCUGUACCUGCCUUCUCUCCAUACCCCCUGAUCCUUUUAGCCACAAGGGCCACAUCUAACUCCCUCUUAAAUAUAGCUACUGCUGCACCACCGUACAGUAUAAACCAGUGUAAACUAGCAUCUGCAGUUCCUUGCUUCUACUCUGAAAGUUCUAUUGGGGGAGUGAAACAUCUUCUCAGCAUCUUCUCUGUCAAGCCUCUUGGAAUUUUAUGUUUUAUUAAAAUUAAAAUUUCCCUCAUUCUUCUAAACCUAACUGAGAAUUGUUUUUAAACCCAGGGAGUGGUUUGGACCUGGACUGUGCCGUGAAGCACAGCAGUGGAAACAAAUUAAAUAAUGACAUCCAAAAAGGGAAUUAGAAACUUUUGGAAACCUUUGGAUUGCAACCAUUUUUUGAUUCUGUUUCAAUUGGCAAAGGCCUCUAUUGCUCAAACAUUCCUGAUAAAACAACAUACGAGCAUCAAUCAAGUGGACCUUAUCCACAUUGCCUCCAUUGCAAUUAUAUUUCUCCUGAACAUAAAGAGAUUGAAAUCACAAAAACUCCAGGUGCAGAAAAUCUGAUAUAAUAACAUCAAUGGAAUCACUCAACUGCAACCUAAAUCGAACUUAGAGAUACAGUGUAGAAAGAGGCCCUAUGGCCCACCGAGACCAUGACAACCAGCAAUCAAUCAUGCACUUAGUCUGUCCAACACAUGAGUAACAAUUUACAGAACCCAAUUAACCUACAAACCUGCACAUCUUUGGAGUGUGAGAGGAAACUAGAGGACCCAGAGAAAAUCUAUGUAGUCACAGGAAGAACGUACAAACUCCAUUUGGCAGCACCCGUAGUCAGGAUCAAACCCAGGUCUCUGGCACUAUAAGGCAACUUUACAGUUGCGCCACUGUGUCAGCCUCAUUUUCUUACUCCACCAGUUCUGUUGGUCUUUAACCGGAAACUUUAACUAUUUUUUCUCUUUCCAUAGAUAUUCCUUAACAUGAGAAUUUCCAGCAUUUUAUGUUUUACUUUGGACGCAUAAUUGUGGGCCAUGCUUUUGGUGUGAAGUCUGCAGACAUUCAAGCCCAAAAUCUAUUUACACAAAGUAAGCUAUGUUUAGGGGCAGCACAGUGAUGCAACAGUCGAGCUGCUGCCUCACAGUGCCAUAGACCUGGGUUCGAUCCUGACCUCGGGUGCUGUCCGUGUGAAGUUUGCAUGUUAUCCCAAGGACUGCGUGGGUUUCCUCCGGGUGCUCCAGUUUUCUCCCACAUCCAAAAAAUGUGCGACUUUGCAGGUUAAUUGGCCCUCUGUAAAUUCAAGUAGGAUAACAUCGAACUAGUGUGAACGGGUGAUCAAUGGUCAGUAUGGACUAGGUGGGCCGAAGUGCCUGUUUCCUUGCUAUAUCUUUAAAGAAAUAUUAGUCCAGCACUCAAGGAGCAUGGUAUCGUCAGAAGUAAAAAAGGCCAGACGGCCUCCUCCAAGGUUCUGUGUCUGGAUAGAAUGGAUGUGCAGAGUAAUGGGUGAGUCUAAGACCACCGAGCACAGCCUCAAAAUAAAAGGAUAUACCUUUAGAAUGGAGAUGAGGAGGAAUGUUGUUGUCCAGAGGGUGGUACUCUGUGGAAUUCAUUGCCUCAGAUGGCGACAGAGGCCAAAUCAUUGGAUAUAUUUAAAGCGAGGAGUUAUUGAUUAGUCAGGGCAUCCAAGGUUACAGGGAAAAGGCAGGAGAAUGGGGUUGAGAAGGAUAAAUAGAUCAGCCAUGAUGGAAUGGCAGUGUAGACUUGAUGGGCAGAAUGGCCCAAUUUUGCUGCUAUGUCUUAUGGUUUUACUUUGAUUCUUUGAAUUUUCGUUGAGUCUGAAAUCAUUGUACUCUGUUGAAGAAAUGCAAAUCCAAAAAAUUGUCACCGAGGCCUGUAACGAGAUUAUACAAAGAAGGUUACCUGGCCAAUCUCGGUACUAAUGAAUCAGUGUUUAUUCAUGAGUUCUGUUGAAAUGAAUGAUCACAAAAAUUCUUAGCUUUUGGUUUAUGGUCCACGCUAUCUCUUCCUUUUGCUUGUCAACCAGCUGUCAUUCAGGGUUUGUGCCUGAGUGAGUGCGGUUCGGGAGAUCACUCUUAUCUACAGUUAUGGCGCUUAUUGUUUUUCUGAUGACUGCAGCAGCCAUUUGUAAGGGACGGGGCUUUAUCUUGGGAAUGGUUCCAAAGAAUCAGGGUGUUUCAUAAUCGGUAUUCACCUGCCAUUCAUAGGCUAUGUUCUCUCGACCCAAUUUAAACAGAGGUAUUGAGUGGUAAGUGGAGAGGGGAGUGAAUUAACAAAGUAUCCUGUCCUCCCAUCCGCGUAGCCCAGUGAUGUAUUCAGACUUUGACAGUCAAUUUUCACUCAAAUUGCAUACUUUAUGUUCACAGGCCUGCCCUUGCGAUUGUGUCGUUAAUUCCCACGACAACUGAAAUUUCCAUUAAGUCAUGUUUAAAGAUUCCAGAGUGAAAGUGCAGACGUUCUUAUUUUCGAAUGAAAUCUGCCUUCAAUGCCAUGCUUGACUGGCUUCAUUGCUGUUCGCAUUACAUUGCCAUGGUGAUUGGCAGGGGUUGGCGUGAUUAAGAAGUGCUGGAAGCCUGAAGUUUGGAAACAAAAUAAUUGGAAAUGAUUCACAACUGUCAGUUUUAGUCAGGAAGCCAGGGAGCUCAACUGGAUGGAGUUAAAAAACUGGGACUGGGAUGGUGUUGAGCAGGUGAGUCCUAGAACGGGGUAAUGGUGGAGGCAGAUGCAAUUGUGACGUUUAUGAGGCUUUUGGAUCGGAGCGUUGAUAUGAAGGGACUUGGAUCAUGUUCAGGCAGAACAGAUUAGUUUAUCUUGGCAUCAUAAUUGGCACGGACAUUGUAGGCUAAACGGAAACGUCACCCAUUCCUCUCUCCAGAGAUGCUGCCUGUCCAGCUGAGUUACUCCAGCAUUUUGGGCCUACUCCUGUGGUGCACUGUUCUGUAUUCUAGUUUAACAUUGAUAUUAAGCAGCAUAUGAUAUUGCUGUUUCUUUUUCUCCUGAUCUCAACCUGUGUCUAUUAGACCUAAGAUGGAGGCACAGUAUGUUCUGACUUUUAAAAAGUAGGAUAUAGAAUCAGGAGUAGCUCAUUCAACCCUAACAUCUGCUCCACCGCUCAGUAGGUUCAUGACUGAUAUCUUAACUCCAGUUUCAUACACUAAUCUUAUAUCUCUUCCUCUGGCUUCACAGUUCACUCCACUUCACCUUUAGCCUUUGUUUACUCAUCUGCCAAUCCAUCCCCCUCACCUGCAACUGCCUAGGAGUGGCCAGGCUUUGUCCCACCCCAAGUUCUUUUCCAACUUUCUCCACCCCACUACAAUCACAGAAGAAGGGUCUCGACACGGAACAUCUCAUAAUCAUGUCCUUCAGAGAUGCUGCCUGACCUGCUGAGUUACUCCAACACCUUGAGUUUUUUUGUAAACUGAUAUCUGCAGUACAUUGUUUCUCGCAUCCUAUAUCCCUUGAUUCCCUUCAUAUCAAACUCUGCCUUGAAGACAAUCCACAUCAGAGCCUCCAUGGACCUCAAGGGAAGAAAGUUACAAGGAAUCACUGUCUUCCAGAGAUUUAUGUCAUCUUUAUCCUGAAUGGUUGGCUUCUUAUUUUGAGACCAUGACCUCAGGUGAUAGACUCUUCGGAGGGAAACAUGAAUAUUAAUUAUGUGUUAUUAGUCAUUUUAACAGUAUCCAAUGCUUCAUGGCAUGAGGCACUUGCCACCAUGAGUCAUUCUCCUCCUGCCUGGUUCUCCAAAGGCAACGGAGCUGAAGGCUACCAAGGUAAAUUGUCAAGAGUCCAUUUAGAGCAAGACUGAGCUAGUAACCCAAUGUGCUGCAAAACAGAUGUGCGAUCUCGCUAGAAAGGAUGGUAUGCCCAACCUCUAACUUUGGGUAACACUUUCUUCACUGAUAAGUGAGGCACUAUGGGGAGAUACCUGAUAACAUUAGAUAUGGGAGUGGGAUUCACAAUCUCUGUUUUAGGGAGAGAAUUAUGCCCGGGAUAUUCAUUCAGAACUAAUUGAGAGAUAGCUUAAACCACACAAUUGCUCUCCUUAUCUCUCGUUCAUGUUCCUUAAUUCCUUGGUGGUUAGUCAGAUCUUAUAUCUCUUAAAUAAGUGUGUUGCCAAUUGUUCCACAUAUUGCAGCUGAUCUGAAGGCUGACUAGUCUAGUCUGAGAUGCAGCACAGAUACAGGCCCUUCGGCCCACCAAGUCCACACCAACCAUCUCUUGCCAUUCACAUUAGUUCCAUGUUUUGCGACUCCCCACACAUUAGGUGCAAUUGACAGAGGCUAAUUAACCUACAACCCCCCACGUUCUUGCGAGGUGUGUGGAAACCGGACCACCUGGGGGAAACACACUCAGUCACAGAGAGAACGUGCAAACUCCAUGCAGGCAAUACCCGACGUCAGGAUCAAACCCGGAUCUCUGACACUCUGAGGCAGCAGCUCUACCAGUCCUGCCACUGUGCCAACUGUCGAUGGAAGUGGGCCUCUCCUAACCCGGCUCUCCAUAGACUUUGUUCCU